UCAAGUUGAAAGCGUCCAUCAUCUUGCGGAGUGGGCGCCGCCCCGCACCAUCAGCGCGAUGGAGCUGAAACAUUUGAGAGCGAGGCAAUCGCGGCUAUUGAUCGUACCCAUCAUUGGUGCACUGACUUGGACAUGUUCACUUCUCUUCGGCGAAGAUUCCGGUGAGCUGUUUGUUCAAGGUGCCCGAUCUCCUCAGUUGGCUGGAUCUCUCACUGCCCGGAACGAUGAGCCUCGACGCAGCUUAAUCCGCACUCCGGGAAUCGAUCGUGGCUCUUUGGUCCAGCUACGGGCAGCAAAGAAACAAACAGGAGAAAAAAUAAUGCACGGAGACACAGUCUACAUCAAGGUGAUGACUGGCCGCUACGUGGGAGAAUUAGAUGGCACCACAAAGUUGGAAUGGGUGAAGGCCCGCGGUAAGCAGAAGGACAAGGAACAUGCGCUCACGAUUGAAAAGAUGAACAAUCGAGAUGAACCAGUGAAGAACGGCGACGUGGUGAUGUUUGUGAUGCCGACUGGAGUUCAUAUGGAUGUCCUUGGGAGCGCCGUUCGUGCUAGGUACUACGAUCCCCGAGGAGAGUGGCAGAAGAUCACCAUUGUCAAGCAGGAUGGAGGUGACAUCUAUUCUGGUGACCAGAUUUUUCUGCGAGGACAUCAGGGGGAGUACCUGGAUGCCAACCCUUUGGAGCGAGCUCCCGACGGAGAGGUGAAGGCUCGAUGGCGUGACGAAGGGGAAUGGCAAGUGAUGUGGAUUGAGAAGUGAUUGGACAGCCGUAUGGAAGGUGAUUGUGUGAUUGAUCCGCAGUUCCUAGGAUUCAAGCGUGCACUCAGUUGCAUCAAAGAAGCUCAAAUUAUAAUCUCAGAAACUGCAAGACUCUCAGCUCACAGGGCAA